AUGCACCAUGGACGCUCUUUUUCUAUCUCAGCGCUUGGUGAUACUGGAGCAGAUGGAUACGUGUUUUUGAACCGAGAAUUAAGUGUACUUCUCGGUAAACGAUUUGGAUUGAAAGCAGAGAGCAUAGGACAGGAAUGUCCUGUUCGAGGAUUUGACGGGAAGCCUAGUAAGGCGAUAACACAUGUCACCUUUCUUACAAUGUGUGUGGACGGAAGGAUACAGCAGCAAGUUCCGAUGUUGAUUGCCGAUCUCGGAAAAUACGAUAUGAUUCUCGGAAGAAAAUGGUUUGCAGAAAAUGAUGUCCUAUUGGACUGCCGUCGAUACCGAAUGAUCCAGCCGGACGAGAAGACACUUUUCGACGAUGUAGUAAGCGAAAUAGUAGUGCUAACACAUACUGCUAUUCUCUAG